AUGUCAAGGCCGUACAGUAAUGUCAUUCAGACGCGUGGUCAACUUGAUCCUCUUGUCGAAAUUGCUAGCGCUCUCUGCUAUGGUGCGACACUCGUGCUGAAAGAUCCCGAUGACCCCUACGAGCAUCUGAAGCAUGCCAAUGCCACUUUUGCGACACCUUCACUUCUAUCGGCUUUCGCACCCGACGACUACCCAGACUUGGAUACGGUUGCGCUGGCUGGCGAAGCUGUUCCGCCAGCGCUAGGGAAUAUGUGGUCAAGCAAAGUGCAGAGAUUUCGUCUCACUCCUGGCAGUCAGUGCCUUGUACCUCAAGGCAUCACAGGCGAGAUCUGCAUCUCGGGAGUGCAGCUGACCCUCGGGUACUGGCGUGACACUUACCAGCAGGCAUCUCAGUCUUCGUUCCUCCCAAACCCCUUUUUGUCGAAGCUGACUGAGAGCACCAUGUACCGCACUGGGGAUCUCGGGUUCUGGGACAAGGACAUGAAUCUGCCGUACGUGGGCCGCGUUGACAAUCAAGUCAAAGUCCGUGGGUUUCGCGUGGAGCUUGAAGAGGUUGAAGGCGCUCUUCUCUCUGCAGGCACAGGGAACGUCCAUAAAGCGGCGGUCCUGGUCAUUGAACGCGGCAGUAGUGACUCAGCAGACACAAACUUCCGGUUGAUGGGUAUGGUGACGCCCGAAGAUGUCGAUGUGGAGGCCUUGCGUGCGAAACUCGCCGUACUCCUCCCGAGUUACGCGCGCCCAUCGCAAAUACUGGCCGUGUCCGCGCUACCCAAGACAGCUAAUAUGAAACUGGACCGUGAGAAGAUGAAGCCGCUGGCGAUUGACGCUCAGCGACGGCGCGAAUCUCAAUUCAGCGCUAACUACGAAGAUAGCACUGGGGGUGAUGUGCUGUCCUCCACGGAAAAGCUCGUCGCGGAGAGACGACGAUUUUAUUGCCCUCGGUGGGAACUCGCUUCGUCUCUUGGCCACCAAGUGCCCGUAGCUCUGCUCCUCCGCGAGACGGUCCUCGGGCGUCUGGCGAGUGCAGUUGACCGACAUGCCGCGACCAUUUCCUCCACUGGCUCCGAGGACAACAGUGCCUUCACUUCUUAUCUGUCAUCGAUCAGGAGCAGUGCUAUUGCUCAGCACGUUUCUGAGGUCGACUCUUCUGCAACAAUGCCACUUUCGUACUUGGAGGAAGAGUUCUUCAACGCGCAUUCCAUUUCUGAGACCAAGUCGGCAUUCAAUACGGUCACCCAGUUCGUCACUAGUGGCCCGGUCGACAUCGAUGUUACCGAAGGUCGCCCCGUGCGGCGUAUCAGUGCAGCUACCCAGUCACCUUUCCGCUAUGAUGAGGACGAAUUGAACCUUCAGAGCCUUCAGGGCAUGGUGGACAAACCUUUCGACCUAGCCGGCGACCAGCUCUUGGGGGUGAUUAUCUGGAAGAGAAAAGACGCGAGCGGAACGCCGACGGUACAAGUGACCAUGGUCACACAUCAUAUCAUCACGGACAAGGCUUCGUUGGCGGUGAUGCUUCAGUGGGUGAGCCAAAGGUACAGAGAGACCAUUGGCCAUAGCACCACUUCAAAUGAUAAAGACAAGCACUCCCGAUCAACCAAAAGUGGUGGUUAUGACACUGAAGGCACAUACAUGGACUGGGCACAGUGGUUGCAGUCGCAGAAAGUUUCUAAACCGCUGCCACAUAACCAAGGACGCAUCGAGUUCUGGAAGAAACACCUCCUGGGGAUGCGACCUAUAACACAGCUCCAAGGCCCUUCACGGAGACAGCUGAUCGGCUUUCCGGGGUCAACUACUUCUAUGCAAAUACCGCAUUACGAAGCCUCGCUCGCCGACGCUCACCCAGAGGUUGUGUACCGACCAUCUCAGCGCAUAGCAAUAGCCGCCACAGCACUUGCCCUACGCGGUGUAUCCGGCUCCUCAGACAUAGUCCUCGCACUGCCGUACAUGAACCGGGACGAGCCGGCAACAGCAAGCAUGCUGGGCCUCUUCGUCGAUCGGCUGCCUGUUCGGCUGUUUCUCAAUGACGAGAACUUGACUAGUGCUGACGCGCUGCUGGAAUCUGUCGCGUCUGAAAUCAGCCUCUGCGUUGGCAAUCAGCUGCCUUACAAGCAGAUACAGUCCGCGGUGGCGUCCACCAACGACGAUGGCCACGACAGGGACAGAAACAUGCUAGACGUCAUGAUCGUGUAUGACUGGCAGUCCGACUCUCUCGAGCGCUCUGUGUCCCUGGGUCCAGACGUGCAGGUUCGAGCGGCGAGCGACAGGGUGACGGCCACCGGCAGCUUGUUCCCAGUGCAAUUGACGUUUCUGGAGACCGAGGAUGGUGGCCUACGCGUUGACUUGGAUUAUAAUCCACAAAUCGUGCCUAGGGAGACGGCUGGGGCUCUGCAAUCUUUCCUUGCUCAUGCUCUGCGAGGACUUUCGCGACGGAUGCCGCCGGCAGAUAUUCUCUCUUCUGGUGGCACGCGGGCCUAG